UUUCUGGAAAUCAGCGAGGAAUCGACCCCGACAAGCCAUGUACGGAUCCAGAGGGGCAAUGUUGGGGAGCGGGGGGGGUUCAGACGGGUACGAGGUUGGCUCAAAGAGACAAAGAAUGACGCAAUCGAAUCCAUACUUCGCAGUUGGCAUGGGAGCCAGCAGCUUUCCUCCUUACGGAUAUGGUGCCGGGUUUCAGCCGCCGACAUUCCCGGUGGUUCGCUUGAGGGGUCUUCCUUUCAAUUGCAGUGACAUGGAUAUCUUUAAGUUCUUUGCUGGGCUGGACAUCGUGGAUGUCCUCCUAGUCAACAAAAAUGGAAGAUUCUCGGGAGAGGCAUUUGUUGUAUUUUCCGGGCCAAUGCAGGUGCAGAUUGCGCUGCAGAGAGACAGGCAAAACAUGGGGCGGAGAUAUGUGGAAGUGUUCCGGUGUUACAAGCAGGAUUACUACAAUGCGGUAGCUGCAGAGGUGAACUACGAAGGAGUCUACGACAAUGAGGGUGGUAGCGGGAGCCCUCCAGUCUCUGGCCCCUCCAGAGCAAAGAGGUUCUGUGAGAAAGACAAGCUGGAAUACACAGAGGUUCUGAAGAUGCGAGGCCUCCCUUACUCGGUGAAGAAAUCUCAGAUCGUAGAGUUCUUUAGUGGGUACAAGGUGAUCGAAGAGAGGGUACACAUAGUGUGUCGGCCAGACGGGAAGGCCACUGGAGAGGCAUAUGUGGAGUUUGAGACGGCAGAGGAGGCCAAGAAGGCGAUGGCUAAGGACAAGAUGUCGAUCGGGACAAGGUACGUGGAACUGUUCCCAUCAACGCUGGACGAGGCUCAAAGAUCUGAGUCAAGGUCUAGGCAUUGAGAGCAUUUUCUUUUUUGUGUUUUCCAUGUCUGUUGCUCGGCUGUGUAUCAUUUUAGGAUUUUGUCAGAUAUGAAUUUGACGAUAGUUUCGUUAAAAACGCACAAGCUUUCCAGAUUUAUAUUAGAUUUCAGAUUA